UUACGUUCGCUAUUCCAUUACAGGAAGCACUCCAUCACCCUGAGCCAAGCGAGAUCACAAAUUCACUGCCUGCCAUCAAAGAAGACACUGAGAAGCCAGGCGAAAACGACACCAUAUCCCCAAUGGAUAUCGAAAUCACCCUCACGGCCGCUCCAACCGAAGAACACUCGGAUGCCCCGCAAAAUGACCACCACGAUCGACGCGGGAGACGAACGCCCUCGCCGGUCCGUGGAGAGCCAUCGACGCUACCCCCGUGCAUUAUCGACAUUCCUCAGCCAAAGUUACAUCGGUCGCCGUCACCUGUGCGGGCGAUACCCCGGUCGAAGUUUCCGUUUCCGCUGCACCCGGUGCAUGACGCGCAGGAGGCGUUUAGGAAUCGGCAUGGGGAUGUUUUGGCGACGCAAAUCCGCGCCAUCUUCAGCGCAUCCACCCCUCCCGCUCUCAACGAGUCCCAAUUCCAAGACGUCACAGUCGCCUGCCAAGCGCCGCGCUACUUCAACCGCGUUUUCUUCCACAGAUGCGGCGGCAAACCGGGCGGAGUCGUCACCCUGGACGGGUUCGAGCGGUUCUGGAACACGCUGAGGAAUUGUGCAGAUGUGGAGGAGAUGUGUUUUUGGAUUUUGGGAGGUGGGAAGAGUAUGCUUACUGAGGAGGAUUUUGGGUUGUUAAUUCAAGAUGUUGUGCACAAUCAUCCUGGACUCGAGUUUUUGAAAAGAAUGGACGUCUUCCAGUUGCGAUACGUGGAAACAAUCAUCGCGCGCAUCUUCUACUCCAAAACCCGCAACACCAACCCCCGCAUGUCCCUCCGCGAAUUCCGCAAAGACCGCAUCUACCACACCAUCCUCAACCUCCAACAAACCGAAGACAUCAACGCCUCCCGCGACGUCUUCUCCUACAAACACUUCUACGUCAUCUACUGCAAAUUCUGGGAACUCGACAGCGACCACGACCUCUUCAUCAUGGAGGACGCGCUCCGCCAGUACGAGAACGGGUGCCUGUCUCACUUGGCCGUCUCCCGUAUUUUCUCGGGCGCCGGCCGCGGAAUUGGGAAGUUUGACGCCAUGUCGUACAAGGAGUUUAUUAGGUUCAUACUAGCCGUUGAGGAUAAGGAUACUCCGCAGGGCAUUGAGUAUUGGUUCAGGUGCCUGGAUACGGAUGGCGAUGGGGUGUGGAGCUUGUGGGAGUUGAAGAUGUUUUAUGAGGAGCAGAGGGCUAGGAUGAGAGAGUUUAGGAUGGCCGAUCCGUGGGAUUGGGAUGAUUUCUCGUGUGCCAUCCUCGAUCUAGUCAACCCCGUCACUCCUGGCCAGAUCCGUCUAUCCGACCUCAAACGCUGCAAGUCCGCCGGCUUGGUCUUUGACAUGCUAUUUGAUAUCCGCAAGUAUGAUCUGUACCUUCGUCGCAUCGACCCGAGCUUCAGAGAGUGGGACGAUAUGUAUGUCGAGGACCGGGAGACGAAGGAGAAGGUUCUUUUAGAGUACGUGAUGACCUGCGCAUCAUCCGGUCCGGACUCCAAUGGAGCAUGACUGACAUGAAUCUACUACCUUUAGGGGCUGGGACAAGUUCGCAGAACGCGCCUACGAAGAGCUCGCCUACGAUGACGAAGAAGACGAAGAUAUCCUCGACGAGGACGAGCUAGACGACGACGACCUAGACCUCGACCUGGACCUCGCCAACGAGCUUGACCCGAGUCUCGACCCUGAGAUCGAC